GUCUUCCUUCAGUUCAUAUCUAGCAACGUCGCUUACGUCAUGGCCGGAUAUGUCGCCAUCGAAAGAUGCCUUUGCGUUAGCAUACCUUUCAAGGUCAAGACAAUUCUGACUCCAAAGGUCACGGUUAUUAUUCUCUUGGGGAUUUCAGUAACAGUCUUUGUGACUCUGGGGCCAAUGAUGAUGAUUUUUGAGUUUGUGUGGAUCUUCAGCGAAGAGUACAACGCGACCAUCGCCAUAUACCAGUACUCGCCAUUCUACUACCAACACGGCGGCGAUUACUUGAGGAGUUAUAAAACAUGCAAUUUUCUGUAUCCUUUCUUGAGCUUCGUUUCCAUGGUGAUAUCAACAUCCAUCAUUGCAUGUAGCCUCUACAAGGCGUCGAGAUUCAGAAACAAGAGCGCUUCUAUCAUUAAAGCACUUGGCAAUGGCAAAAGUCAACCG